AGCGGCAUUCGAUGUAGUCCCAGCAUGCUCUCUUCGGUUAUCCAACAUGGCAGUGAGCCUUUACGUGAACCGCACGGAGUUAUGGCUUGCAAAUGCAAGUUUCCGACCAUCUUUUCGCCUUCCAGUACAUUUUCAUCCUAGCAUAUUUUUGAAAUGGUUUCCAGGCCACAUGGCAAAAGGUUUUCGAAAGAUGCAACUAAAGCUUCCAAAGUGUGACUGUGUUGUGGAAGUUCAUGAUGCAAGAAUUCCCUUUACUGGGAGAAAUCCCAAAUUUCAAAAUAAUUUAUCAAGCAGGCCACAUGUACUUGUGCUUAACAAGAUGGAUCUCAUAGGAAUGGCCAAGCAAAGGGAGAUCCUGAGGCAACUGGAAAGUGAGGGAACUAGAGCUGUGCUUACUGACAGUAAAUCACAAUAUCAUUACAGCAUUAAAAGGGUUAUACCAGCUGUCCUUGAAGCAGUAAAGGAUGCUGAAUAUGAAGGAACAUAUAUUAGAUCAAAUCCAGACAAGCCUUACAAUAUUUUGAUCUGUGGUUUGCCAAAUACUGGAAAGUCGUCUUUGGUAAAUGCACUCCGAAGAAAAUACAUGCGAAAAGGCAAAGCAACCAGAGUGGGUGCUGUUCCAGGGAUAACAAGAUCCAUACAAGAGAAAAUUAAGGUUUGUGAUGAGCCAGUAACAUACAUGAUUGACACUCCAGGUGUGGUGGCUCCAUAUAUACCAACUGCAGAAGUAGGAAUGAAGCUAGCAUUAAUAGGUUGCUUUAAAGAUCAUAUUGUUGGUGAGGAAUUGAUUGCUGAUUAUCUGUUGUAUACCUUGAACAAAGAAAAACGUUUUGAAUAUGUGGAAAGUUUUGGCCUCAUGAACCCUAGUGAUAAUGUGAACUUUGUCAUGAGACAGUGGGCUAACAAACUAGAUGCUACAAUAUCGGGUGGAGUACCAGAUUAUCGCAGAGCUCAUGUUGAUUUCCUCAAAAGGUUUAGAAGAGGAAUGUUGGGACAUGUACUACUUGAUCGUCAGUUACUCAAGGAAAAACAAAAUUUUUUACCAACAAGUCUGGGACAGUAAACAUGAAAAGGAUUGGCACUGUUGUUCAUCAGUGCCUUUCAAGCAUAGCAGCAAUUGCCCACAUUUGGCAAUAGGAUGGAGAGCUUUCCACACUUUUAAUGCCACACUGCCAUGUUUGGCUGGGUUUACAGAAUUCCUCUCUUCUGUGACUUGAUACAGAAGGCAGGGCAGUCCCAGCAGGCAGCAAUAGUAUUUAUGAACAUGUAAAAUAAAAUUAUUUGGUUUGAUUGUUAGA